AUUAAAGCAGAAAGUACGACGGCCCUGUAAGAAAGGCUUACAGCAUUCAAUUAUGCCGCAUAACUGAUCAGUACAUUAAUGCGAGAGAACGCAAAAGAUUAAAAAAAAUCUCCAAGGCCUCCGUAGUACUGUAGUAUAUAGAUGCGUAAAAGGCUUAAAAAGACUUUUUUCUCGAGCUUUUUAAAUUGGAAACCAGCAGAUUGCGUUUUUCCUGACAGUCCCUGAAGGUAUUAUUCUGACCGUUAGAAACGUUGAUGUUUCCACAACUUUAAACGGUUUUAGGUUAGUUUUCUGUCCAACUGGUCGGAUAGUGACCGAGACAGAAGAAACAUGGAAGGUACCGACGACGAGCGGUUAGAACCGAUCCGGAUGUUGGUCCAGCGGAGCUUCCAGCUGGACCCGGACAAAUGGGGGGAGUUUGUGUCGGAGAGCAGCAACAAGACGGUUCUGACCAGGUUUAUGAGCAGCCCGGAUUAUCAGCUCUUCUUCCACCUGCAGCCGGACUCCGGGCUCCAGGCCAGCCUCGGCCUCCCCUCGGCAGCCCAGGCCAAGGUUGUGUGCGUGUCCCGGGCGGCGCAAGAAGGCUCUGGGAAAGCCUUCAGGAUCCAUGAAUUUAGCAGAGGAAAGGCUCUGAGCGGCCUGGUAGGCCUCAGCGAGGAGGUGUCCUGCCCCCUCCUCAGCAGGGCGGCGGACCGGAGCAGGUGGGCGGUGGGCGUGGCCCAGGACGCCAUGAAGCUGCUGGAGAAGCAGAAGAACGCUGCUCAGGUGGUGGAGGCUAAGGUGGAGGGACUCACCUUCCUUCCUCCACCCAACGCGCUCUAUAACCAGGAUGACCUCGACCUCUUCUUCGCACGCUGUAGCCCUGAUCAAGGUGGUGGUUGCCAUGACAAUGACAACAGCAACACCAGCGGGCUGGUUCAGGACCCUUCUCCAAAAAACCUCAGUCUCACUGGCAGCAAUAACUCCGAUAACAAUCACCAUGACGAUUCUGUUGAGGACUGUAGCAGUCUCCAUGACAACGGUUGCCAUGUGAACCAAAAUGAACAGAAGCUGGCAGUAGCCCGUCUGCUCCACGCCUGUGAGGAGACGGUGGUGGAGUGGGUGGAGUUAGUGUCAGACUUUCUCCAGCAGGACUGGUCUGGACUGGUUCUAGACCGGCAGAAACCCGUCCCUUCAGAGGAGUUUUCCUUCUGGAAGAACCGUCUGAAGAACUUGCUCUUCAUCAAGGACCAGCUGCUGAGCUCCAAAGCCCAGCAGGUGGGCUCCAUCCUGAAGGCUGAAGACAGCAUCUACUGGGCCGCUCUGCAGGACCUCCAGAGACACGUCCAGGAAGGUGGACAGCGGUGUCCUCAGGACACAUGCAGAGACACCUGUCUGUCUGUCUGUCUACCUGUCUGUCUGUCUACCUGUCUGUCUGUCUACCUGUCUGUCCCCUCAGGUGUUCGGGAAGCUGAAGAUAUCACGCUGCACCUGACCCCGGUCCAGCAGAAGCUCAGUGAGGUUCUGGAGAUGGACUUCCAUCAGCUGAAGGACAACGUGGCAGCAGUGAUGAAGGCGGUGGGCCUGCUGUGGACGCGCUCUGAGUUCUACUGCCGGCCCAGAAGGACCGUGGUUCUGCUGCAGGAGAUCUGCAACCUCUACAUCCAGCUGAGCAGGGGCUUCCUCCCUGGACAGGAAGUGAUCGGGGUUCUGGUGUCAGAACGCGGCCCGGUUCUCCAGGACAUCCGGCUGGUGAUCCAGACCCUUCAGGCUCUCAAGGCGGCUUUCUAUGAGCAGCAGACCCAACUGGAGGUCCAGAACCAGAACCAGGCCACGCCCCCUCCCAGCUGGACCUUCCCAUCUCACCUGGUCUUCUUCCACCUGGACACUUUCCUGAAACGCCUGCUCAGCAUCCAGGAAGUGCACUUGGUCACUGCACGGUUCUACCAGCUGGACCAGGUGGUUCUGACCGGAGCCAGCGGCACCUUGCUGACUGUCGGCAUCCAGCAGGUGUACCAGGACUUCCUGGUCCAGGUGAGGCUGCUGUCGGCCUGCAGCUGCGACCCCACCGACCCGAAGGACCAGACCUUCGAGCUGGAGCUGGACCGGUUCUGGGAGCAGGUUCUGGACCUGGAGACCCGGCUGGUGUCGGUUCUGAGCAAGGCCCUGGAGGACUGCAGCGAGGUGGCGUCCGCCGCCAAGGUGGUGAAGAUGUUCUGGUUCUUCCUGGACCGGCCCCGGGUCCAGGACCAGCUGCCUCCCUGCCUGGCCCGGUUGGAGGAUCAGGUUCUGGCGGACCUGGACCGGACCGAGCUGGAGUUCUACAGCCAGAAGGAAAAACCCGAGCGGCGGUUCCGGUUCUGCCCGGCCGGCGCCGCCCGGCUCUACUGGAACCGCCAGCUGCGGCGCCGAGCCCAGGAGACCCUGAGGAGCUUCAGAACCAUCCAGAACCUGUGUGGGGGCGUGGCCUCGGCGCCGGCGCUGCUGCAGAGGGCGCAGCAGGUGGUGGCGCUGCUGCAGGACUUCAGAACCAAAACCCGGUCUGACUGGAGCGCCGGGCUGGAGGAGGACUGCAGCUUCGUCCUGAAGCAGAACCUGGUCCAGAUCGACCCGCCGACCCACCUGGAGGUGGCCGGCAGGAAGCAGCUGGAGGCGGUGCUGCAGCAACUGCGCUACGUGAGCAGAGAGGGCGGCGUGGCGCUGUGCCCCAACGCAGACCGCCUCCUGCAGGCCAGAGACGACAUCACACACACCUUCCUCCUGCUGGACCAGACCGUGUCCUGCUACAACCAGGUGGUGGGCGGGGCCAUGGAGGCGGAGCUUCCUCUGAUCCAGGAGCAGCUGCAGCAGCUGAAUGACACUCUGAGUGAACUGCAGAGCAAGACGUGGAUCUGUAAAGGUGUGCAGGAGCAGAGCCAGGAGGUGUUGGCUAUUCAUUCCAGCAUCACAGAAGCUCGAGUCAACAUGGACGCCAUGAGAAGCAUUGCACAGGGGUGGGCGGAGCUCGACCUUCUGCAGCGUUCACAUGAUUCUCUGCUGGAGAGCAGCGUUAAUGAUCACACCUGCAGAGGCAUCAAGGCAGACGGGGAGCAGCUGCUCAGCCUGACACAGGUAAACAGGCGCCUGUACAGAGCUGAUGAGGCUUCUGAGGCCUGGACCGGGUACCUGGACUACAUCGACGACCAAGUCCAGGACGGCCUGCUGCAGCUGCUGCACAGAGCGCUGCGCUUCCUGACCGACAGCAUGAACCCACAGCAGAGCGGUGGCGCCGCCCUGCUGGCCGUCUCUCUGCAACUGCGGGACUCCAGAGGACUGGUGUUUGAGCCGUUGAUAGAUGACGGCCCCGCCGCCUUCCUGAAAACCAUCAUGAGGGAUGUUUACGGCACUUGCGCUCUAGUUCCCAGGAUCUCCAUCGGUCGCCAUGGUGACUACCAGGAGAGCCUGCGGCAGAACCCGGAGCUGUGCGCUCUGGAACAGGAAGUGAUGACGAGGCUGCUGCAGGUGAAGGAGGAAGCAGAGAAACUGAGGGUGGGGCUAGACAGGUACGCUCACCUGUGGCUCAGUGACAAGCAGGCCGUGUUCCAGGAGUUCCUGGCCUACAGCAAGCCGCUGGCAGUCGGAGAGGUCGAGGCUGAAGAGAACCCGCCCAGCCUGAAGGACUUCCAGAGAGAGAUCCAGGUGCUGCUGACUGUCAGCUCAGAGGUGACUCACUUGGAUGAGGGCGUGGUCCUGCAGGGCUGGCUGCAGGUGGACAUGCGUCCCUUCAUCACCUGCCUGCUGUCCAUCAUCCUGGACUGGAAAGACAUGUACACUGACUUUCUGCUUGAGUCGGCCACCAACAGCCUCCAGCAGGCGACCCAACCCAAAGACCGAGGCUCCGCCUCCUUCGACCUGACGGACACCAUCCUGCUGCUGGAGGCCGCCGGCGUGGAGCUGCCAGAACACCUGGCCGCCAAGCUGCAGUGAGCGACGCUCUGCAGUGCCUGAAGUUCCUCCAGGAGCCACCAGGGGGCGACAAGGAGACUGAAUAAAAACACAAACAUGAA